AUGCGAACCCUGGCGGCUAGCAAUCCAUUUCCGACAGCCAGCCAGAGCCUUUCCGCUCUAUUUAAUGAGAUCCACGUCCGCGCUGUUGAUCUGAUGCGUGAGCACAGCAAUACUUCAAAGUGGCCAGGUUUUGGGGGCCAGAAACAGCAGACCCACGCCUCGGCGGCCUCCCAGAUCUCCAGCAUGUUCUCACACAGCCGGCCGAAGCGUGUUGAGAUUUGGAUCCACCCACUAAAUCGCAGCGUCACCAUCGUCCAGGGCAAUCGCAGUCUCACAAUACCAAACUCUAGCGUCUGC